ACGUGCAUUUGGCGUCUGGGUUGGAGACGCCAAGACAUCGGAUGCAGUUUCUGUGCACUGUGAACCCCGGUUGAUUCUUCCCUAUUGAUUGUAUGUAACAACGUACUGGAUAUUCUUUUUCUACUCAAUUUUUCGAGAAAUUUAGUUAAGAAUUAAAAAUUAUAAGGGAAAGUACAAGUAAAAAUGACACCAGAAGGAUAUACGCGUGUUUAUGUCGGUGGAUUAAAUGAAAGUAUAAAAAAAGAAGAUCUUCAAACAGAAUUUGAAAAGUAUGGCAAGCUAAACAAAGUUUGGGUAGCAUUUAACCCGCCAGGUUUUGCAUUUAUCGAAUUUUUAAAUAUGAAUGAAGCAGAACUUGCUUGCAGCAGUAUGAAUGGUACAGAGAUUAUGGGUGCAAAAUUAAGAGUUGAGAUUUCACGGGGUAGGGGUCGUGGUGGAGGCAGGGGUGGUAUGGGAGGAUUCAGAGGAAAUCGAGGAGGUACAGCUAGGGGUUAUGGUUCUGCUGCCUCUAUUGCAUUCAAUUAUAGAGGAAAUAAUAUGUAUGCAGAUUAUGGAGGUUAUUAUGCAGGCAAGGGUGGUGGAAGUAGAAGUAGAGACUAUUAUGGAGAAGAUUAUAUGACUAAUCGUGCCAGUGGGUAUGUUACUCGAGAUGGAUAUACACAGGAUGUCUAUAAUAGUGGAGAUCCAAAUGCUGAUUAUUAUACCAACAAAGGCACUGGCACAUCAAGGUAUCGAAGUCGUUCCCCAGCUGGUCGUGGCAGUCAUCGUCAUCUUCGUGAAUGCACAUAAAAGAUCUACACUGCAUUGCCAAUCUGAACUGUGGGCCAAUCAACAGCCCAUCCUGAUGACUACAUUUCUAUCCAAUCUACGCAGCGACCUGUAUAUAGACAAGAACUACCAUUGCAGAUCAAGUUGUGCAAUACCAUUUGUAUAGUAUACUUUAGUUCUACAGUUUAUAAUCGUUUUCAGAAACAUUACCCAUUACUCACAAACAAAAUCAUUGCAAACUUUAUAUAACAUGAAAAUGAAUCAUGAACGAAAUUUGAAUCAAGCUAUAUGAAUAGUAGUCUAAAGUAUUUAUAUAUACAAUUUCUAUUUUAUUUAAAUCUGGGGUAUUAUAUAUAUUUUAUAGUUUCAAAUAAUUUUUUUACAUAUUAUUAUUAUUAUUAUUUUUUUUUUUUGUGUACUUUUUUAAGUUUCUUAUUAUAGAACUGAAGAAAAUAUAGCUAAAAAAAAUUUAACAUUAUAUUAUAAAAAGAUAAAAUCAUUCAUAAUUAAUUUUUGUUAUUAUUAACAUUUAAUAUUAAUUGUCUAUAAUUUUUUAUCAUUUAUUAUAGACAUGUUCAUUAUUGAUUAAUGAAUAAUAAUAUUAUUUUAAAAAAUGGAAAAUUACAAGGAAAAUGCCAAUUUUAGCCAAAUGCACACUACUGCUCGUAUAUAUUGAACUGUGCAAUUUUGCCUUAUGAAUUUUUAUAUGGCUUGCAAAAUCAAAGUUUAAAAAGCUGCAAAAUUGAUUUAUUAUAGAUAAUUCAAACUAUGGCCUUGGAAUAUAUGUGCAGAAAUAGUAUUGCAUUUGGAAAGUUUGGAGUAUUUAUUAUUAUGGAUACUCAAAUGAAAGAAGGAAAUUGUGGUAAUAAUGUUUGCCAUUGCUGUAAAUGAUAUGAAAUUGGAUAUCAAUUAAAUGAUUUGCUCUCACUACUAUCCGCCACCCUGCUUGCCUGCUUGCCUACUUUUUUAAAAAUUUCAAUAUUUAUCGAUUUCUUAUUUGGAUUGAUAAAAAAAUUUGAAAAUAUUUUGCAAUAAUUGCAAUUUUUGAUCAUUGGUAUAUUGUUCAAAGUUUAUACAUAAUUAAUAGGUAGUAAUUUGUAUUCUAAUGAAUACAUGAAAAAAAUGUUUAAAUGAUGAUUUUUAUACAUUUUUAUACCCUGUUAAUAAUUUCGGUAAUAUUUGGGGUAUUAACGUAAGUAUUACAAUAUAAAAACAAAAUUUAAAAAUCUUAAAUAAAAGAUAUGUUAACAUUAACAAUAUAAUCAAGUAACAAAUAUAACUUAAAAUGAAUUUAAUCAUAUUAUUUUUUCAUAUCAAUUGUUAACAUUAGUGAUAAUUUGUUAUAAAAAUUAAUAAAUGCAAAUCAUUUAUUUCAUAUAUACAUUUUUGAAUUUAAUAUUAUUUUAUAUUAACUAAUAAAUUCGAUCUGCGUUCAGUAUUUUGAAACAGCGCUCUAAUUAAUUGUUUAACUUGGGAUGCUGUAAAUUCUUGUGCUAGUGGUCCUUUACCACUAUCCCAUCUAACUUCGAUUUCUUUAAGUGAUGCACCUAAUAUUUGAAUUAGUUCUAAAAAUUUUUCCCAUUUUUUAACAUAUUGAUAAAUCUUUUGAUGAUCCUAAAAAUAUAAUAUUGUUUUUAAUAUUAUCUUCAAAAAGUAUUAUCCAAUUUAAUUUUAUAAGAAUUCUUCUAUGACAUUACAUACGAAAUGUUUUAAUUUUAAUGUAAUUUUUUAUAUAGAUUGAAUUAAUAAAAGUUUUUAUUUAAUUAAUAAAGAAAUUAAUAAAGAAAUUAAUAAGAAAAA